GGGUUUUUCUCCUCUGUGGCUAUUGUGUUAGCGAGAAAAAAAGGUUCUUCUUGACCACAUAAAUUGGAUAUACUAGCCUCCAUAUGUAACGGCGAGCUAACGUUAAGCGUUUGUGCAUUUGACGUAUUUCCCUUUCUUUUGUAUUUAGCAGUAUCACAGCUACACAUAUGUAAACCAGUGAAUGAAUAACCGUAGCUUGAAAUGAAAAACCGUUGAGCUGAGGAGAAGGAAAAUGGAUAUGGUUUGAUAUGGGUGUCUCCAAAGCAGACACCGUACGGAGUCGAUGGGAUUGUGCAAAAAAAAAAGGGGAAAAAAGCUUUGAUUCCUGUUAAACGUGUCACAUUUUGACGACACUCACGAUUAACUUGUCACAUUAAACAUCUAACCAGCUAUCUGACAAACUGUUAUUUCCGUUUGUAUACAAAUUUUCACGCUCAGACAUUUUUUUCCCCCCACAAUGUCCAGCAUGGACAGUCCCCUCCUUCCCUCCCUUGCUAGUUUUAAUCCAUAGCGAUAGCAAAUUAGAAGAAUGAAUCGGAGAGCCAGCGUUUAUUCUGGUGGCAAAAUACACAAUGGAAUAUAAAACUCAGAAGCUAACAAACGGGGUUAAAGCGUCAUUGAAGGUACAAGUGUCAUGCUUUACUGUUAGCCGGCGUGUUAACGUGACAUUAGCAGUUAGCAAGGCCAAACACACUCAAGAUAAAUGUCUGUGGUGGACAUAUAUACAUAUUGAUGUCCUCAUUUGUAACAGUGGAUAGUUGUAUCAUGACCUCUGUUGUAUCAUGAACAUUGUGCUCACCAGUUUAAGCUGGAUCUCUAACACUAGUGAAAUUCACAACCUCACAAUCUGCGACAAUAUAACCAGAUACUAAGGGUUGUUCUUCAGAUUUGGUAGUGCCUCCCUUCUAUUUAGUCAAAAAUGUACGGUAGUGCUCGCUCUGUUGGCAGAGGGGAUACAAACCAUAGCGGAGGAAGAGAUGGAAGUGGUACUGGUAAUCAGGGAUCUGGCCGUUCCCCUCGGCUCCCCCGUUCUCCUCGGAUGGGGCACCGGCGUACCAACAGCACUGGAGGCAGUGGGGGAGGUCCUGGAGGAGCAGGAGGCAAGACCCUUUCAAUGGAGAACAUCCAGUCCCUCAAUGCUGCGUAUGCCACCUCAGGACCAAUGUACCUGAGUGACAAUGAGGUCGCCAUGGGAGGUGACCACCUUCCCAAAACUGGUGGCACAGUGACCACCAUGGGGAGACAGAGGGUGACUUAUGGGUCGAGAGGUAGCAGCAGUGGAGUUGUAGCAGCAAGUACUCCUAAUAUCUCCACCACAGUGCCUGCCAAUGCUGUGCUACCAGCAGGCCUGAUGGCUGGAGAUGCCCUAGCUUUUGGAGAUCACCACAUGGCCUCCACAGUGCCCCAUUCUCUAAGGCAGGCAAGGGACAAUACCAUACUUGACCUGCAGGCCCAACUCAAAGAGGUUCUGCGGGAGAAUGAGAUGCUGCGGCGAGAAGUGGAAGUUAAGGAAAGCAAACUCAGCUCCUCCAUGAACUCUAUUAAGACCUUCUGGAGUCCAGAAUUAAAAAAGGAGCGAGCUCUCAGGAAAGAUGAGGCAUCCAAGAUCGCCGUCUGGAAGGAACAGUAUCGUGUUAUUCAAGAUGAAGCACAGCAUCUUCAGAUGACUGUUCAGGCUCUCCAAGAUGAGCUAAGGAUCCAGAGGGACCUGAACCAGCUGUUCCAGCAAGAUCCUGCUAGUCAAGGAAGGGACCUGGCCCUGACAUCCGAACCUACAGAGGAGAACUAUCGACGGCUACAGGGUGAGCAUGAGAGGCAGGCCAAGGAGCUCUUCCUUCUUCGGAAGACCCUGGAGGAGAUGGAGCUGAGGAUUGACACACAGAAGCAGACCCUGGCAGCCAGAGAUGAGUCCAUCAAGAAACUACUGGAAAUGCUGCAGAGCAAAGGACCAUCUGCCAAGGCAUCAGAGGAGGACCAGGAGAGGACAAGGAGACUGGCUGAUGCAGAAAUGCACAGGCAUCACCUUGAGAGUUUGCUGGACCAGAGAGACAGGGAGAUCACUGCUCUGAGAGAGCAGGAGCUGCACCGUCGGUACGAAGGAACUCCAGAGUCCACCAAAACUAAGGCCCUACAAACUGUCAUUGACAUGAAGGAUGCAAAAAUCAACUCAAUGGAGCGGAGCCUCAGGGACAUGGAGGAGGAGCUGCUAAUGCUGAAAUCGAAUGGACUUCUGAGCUGUGAAGAGCGUCAAGAAGAGAUGAAGCAGAUGGAGGUUUACCGCAGUCACACCAAGUUCAUGAAGAACAAGAUGGAGCAGGUGAAGCAGGACCUCUCCAGGAAGGACACCGAGCUGCUCGGUUUGCAGACAAAACUGGAGACGCUUACCAACCAGUUCUCAGACAGCAAGCAACACAUUGAAGUCCUCAAGGAAUCCCUCACUGCCAAAGAGCAGCGGGCUGCCAUCUUACAGACGGAGGUGGAUGCCUUGCGCCUGCGUUUGGAAGAGAAGGAAGCAACUUUGAAUAAAAAGAGCAAGCAGAUACAAGAAAUGUCAGAGGAGAAGGGAACCCUCAAUGGGGAAAUCCACGACCUUAAGGAUAUGCUGGAGGUUAAGGAGCGCAAGAUCAAUGUGCUUCAGAAGAAGAUCGAGAACCUGCAGGAACAGCUGAGGGACAAGGAGAAGCAGAUGAGCAGCCUGAAGGAGAGAGUAAAGUCUUUGCAGGCUGACACUUCCAAUACUGACACUGCUCUCACAACACUGGAGGAAUCUCUUGCAGAAAAGGAGCGGAUCAUCGAGCGUCUAAAAGAGCAGAGAGAUAGAGACGACCGGGAGAAGACGGAGGAGCUUGAAUGUACCAAAAAGGAGCUGAAAGAGUUCAAGGAAAGGCUGAGCUUACUGCAGGGAGACCUGUCAGACAGAGAGACCUCUCUGUUGGACCUAAAGGAGCACGCAUCCUCCCUGGCCUCCUCAGGGCUGAAGAAAGACUCCAGACUCAAGAGUUUUGAGAUUGCCUUGGAACAGAAGAAGGAAGAGUGCCUCAAACUGGAGAAUCAACUUAAGAGAGCUCAGAAUGCAGCAUUGGAAGCUCAAGCCAACACCGAGCUGGCUGAGCGCAUUAGGAACCUCGAACAGGAAGUGGCCCGCCACAGAGAGGAUUCUGGGAAAGCUCAAGCUGAAGUGGACCGCCUCCUGGAGAUACUCAGAGAAAUGGAGAACGAGAAAAAUGACAAAGACAAAAAGAUUAAUGAGCUGGAGAGUUUGGCCUCAAGGCAAAUGAAGGAUCAGUCGAAGAAGGUGGCAUCACUGAAGCACAAAGAGCAGGUGGAGAAGAGCAGGAAUGCUCGACUUAUGGAGGAAGCCAGGAAGAGGGAAGACAACAUGUCUGAGAACUCCCAGCAGGUGAAGGACACUUUACGGCAAAAGACAGAGCGCAUAGAGGAGCUGGAGGAGGCCUUGAGAGAGAGCGUUCAAAUCACUGCUGAGCGAGAGAUGGUGCUCGCACAGGAGGAGGCUGCCAGGUCACUUCAGGAGAAACAGAUGGAGGAGCUGCUGGGGGCCAUGGAGAAGGUGAAGCAGGAGCUUGAGUCCAUGAGGGCUAAGUUGGCCUCCACUCAGCAGUCUCUGUGUGAGAAAGAGGCUCACCUCACAACCCUGAGAGCCGAGCGCAGGAAACACCUGGAGGAGGUGCUGGAGAUGAAGCAGGAGGCGCUGUUGGCGGCUAUUAGCGAGAAAGACGCUAACAUUGCACUACUGGAGUUGUCAUCCUCUAAGAAGAAGAAGACCCAGGACGAAGUGGCUCAGCUGAAGCGGGAGAAAGACAGACUGGUGCAGCAGCUCAAGCAGCAGACCCAGAACAGGAUGAAGCUGAUGGCCGACAACUACGAGGAUGACCAUCUGAAGACUGCACCUGACCAAACGAAUCACAAACCCUCUCCAGAUCAGAUGAUACCCCCUCUUCUAGCCCUGUCCCAGAACCGCAGUAAGCUCAAACUUUACAUCGCCCACCUGACAGACCUCUGCCACGAUCGAGACCCCAGCAUCCUCAGCCAGCUCACGCCGCCCGCUCACUACCACCACAGCGACCCUGAAGACUGGGAGGAGGACCUCCAGAAAAUGAGCGCCGAACAGUUGGAGCGGGAGCUGGAGGUGUGUGAGAAGGAGAGCGGAGAGCUGCAGGAAUAUGCCAACUCUGUUCUCCAGCAGAUUGCAGAUUACUGCCCUGAUAUCCUGGAGCAGGUCGUCAACGCCCUCGAAGAGUCGUGCUGAAAACUCUGACCUCAGACACAACCCGCCUGAGUCCAGGUCUCCCUACCUCUACCCCCCCAAAAAAGUGAAAGGUUCCUGGAGAGAAGAGAAAGUAGGGGGCAUUAUCACAUCUUGCUGGACUCCUAUUCUUCGUGUCCCUCAUUCUACCCUGCAACAAACUGUCAGGUCCUCUGGGUGCUUUCCUGUCCCACAUGUUAAUCUGUCAGGCUGGCAAAAUUAAAUUAGGGAUGUUCGUGCUGUUAAAUAUGGCACUUGACACAUGUAACGACAGCCGCCGAUAGAUUUUACGUGCACACCUCAUCACUGUCAGGCAGACAAUAGCACACUAUCGGUUGUUGCAAAAUAAGUAGCAUUUGCAAACACCCCUAAUUUGAUUUUUGCUUUUUAAAGGAGACUAAAAACUGAACACGGGUGAAUUUGGAGGGGAAAAAAGAAGCAGACUUGCACAUAGUUACGCACAAUGGAGAAUACUGCCAACCUUUUUCUCCUUAGAUAGCUUUAUUGAUAACAGAAGCACUUGCCUUGAUCUCAGUCUUUAACCCCUUGGAUUUCUCUCACAGAACUUUCAAGUUGAAGUAGUAAGUUUAUUUGUUGCUCUGGACAGGAAAGCACUUUUUUGGUCUUGGAGAACUGGGGAGCUGCUACAUCUCGAGGGAGCGGAGAGGAGCUGGGCCCAGUGGGUAAACCAUGGAUCUGUGUAAUAGUUUGGUCCUUGAAUAGUAACACUGAAUGCAACGUUAAUAUUCUCGAAAGCCUUGGGUCUGUCCACGUAGCUUGGAUUAGGAUGUAGGUGUGUUACUGUCAUCGUCUGUGGCUGGGUCAUUAGAGGGGGGUUCAAGGCCUGACCUUUGACAUAAACCAAAGGUCAGAUUUUAGUUAGUAUGUUCUCAACAGAUGAGAGAGGAUUUAAAAAAAAAAA